CAUGAAGUAUAAAAUUAUGGCUUGGGAAAAAUUUGUAUUGUGAGUGCUUUAAAGCAGGAAAAAAUGUGUAAGCAUUUCUUAUUGCCAACUCAAUAAGGAACCAAAAUUCAUUUAGAGAUAAAACUUUCAUUUCAGAUAUAGUUAUAAAAAGGUAUCUGUACAGUGCUGAUGUACUGGGCAUCACCUAUUAUGAGGAAGAGCGACAGAAGACAAAACAACACAGUUUUCGUAAGAAAGAUGAUUUUUUGAAAAGUUUGGAAACAAGACUACAUGAUGGGAAGUUUAUAUUCACAGAGGAAAUAGAAUCACUGCUAUAUCUAACAGAACCUGAUGAUGAUUUUGAUUUAUUGUUUAAAGUUGUACAAAGGUACCAAGAGCUCCAGGAAAAAUCACCAUUAAAGACAGACUUUCCACUAGGAAUAACGAUGCUGCUAAUGUUGUAUUAUCUUAAAAGGGCAGAUGUGGCAUUUAAAUGGUUUUUAGAAAAUAAGAAUACUGUAAACCCUGUGUGUAGAUCUCGUAGAUGUUUUCUAAUCAUGAUGGACAUGCUGCAUGAUAAAGGACGACAUAAAGAUGUUAUCACACUGAUAAAUUUAUGUGAAAAGUUCAUCGACAGAAAAUAUCCGGAACAUCUAUGUCUUGUAAUAUCUUCCUUCUACAAAAUGAAUUCUAAGAAAUCUUUCAAGCAGAUGUUAUAUUUAUUAAAUGAGCAGUCAAAAGACCCCUUGCAGUUAACAGACAGAUGUGCUAUGCUAUGUUGUAUGUUAGCCUACAAACAGGGAAAAAUGGACUUAAUUGAAGAAAUUAUGCAGUUGCCAAUCUUUGUUGUAGCAAGAAAACAACCAACAUCUUUAAUGUUUAAUAUGAAGGUACUUUGUUACAUUAAAACAGGGAAGAUUAAGCUUGCUGCAGAAAUUCUGAAGGAUUUUACAUGCUCGUAUAAUGAUAGUUAUCCAAUAAUCUUUGAUGAAGUGUUAUUAAAUUUUGAGAGUGAAGCUCGUAAAUAUGAUGACUCGUUAAUGGUAGAAAGAUGUAUGAUGAUUUCAAACACUCUGAGAGUAUCUAGACUUGUUGUGCCUAUGAGUUUAGAGGAGUUCCUUGUUACAGAAAUAAAGAAUGAAGAAUUCAACAAAUUAACAACUGCCAAGAAUCCAUUGAAUAUUCACAAUAAAGAAAACAGAUAUCGUGAUUUAGAAAUAGUUAAAUAUGUUGGUGAUCAUAAGACUGAAAAAAACAAAGAUUUAGAUGGGGAUAUGCUUGAAAAUUACUAAAAAGAAAGUUAAAUAUCUAAAGAAAAAGAUUCUACUGUUUUUAUGUUGUUUACUGCAAUAACAUGUACAAUGUACUAUUAAAUUUUAUGUUGAUUA